AUGGAACACAUUGCAUCAGUCAGCCGGAGUAGCGGACUCGAGCAAGGCGGGGAUGCCUUGAAGGAUUCCAAGGUACAAGAGCAGUACAGAGUGUUUAUGGGUGAGAAGCUACACAAAUUCUGGACUGAGAAACAGACGAAGGAUGGGCAGGAGAACAUUCUAAUUUUAUUUCGAAAGCUUAGAGAGGGAAUCUUUGCGUCCAAACGGAGUGAUGCCUUUGCAAUUGAAGUGUACGAAACCUCUCUUUGUCUCUCCUCGUUAUUCGACUCCCCGAUCCAGACAUCUUCUAUUCUCUCUCACCUCCUGCCCGAACUUUACACCUCUGCAUCAAUCCAGCCUCCGAUCAGCUCGGUGCUUAUAUCACUCCUCCACCACCUAAUCGCAGGAUAUCCAUCUCAAAAAACCUAUUUUGAACAUCUGUCAUGCCUCUCGCCCAACGUGCUCGAUAGGACAUCAGAAGCAUAUAUAUGGAUAUCAAAUCUAGCAACGAGUCUCCGCACUCUUAACCAUAUCAGGGUUGAAGCGCUUUUACGGCACGAUGUAUACAGGCGUAUCCUUUCUGUUUCCAAAUCGUUUGACGAGACAAACGAUGAGCUAGUCCGUCUGUCACAGGAUGCGGUGCGCGCGCUCGUGGAACGGCUGAGAAGCAAAGCAAGGGAUAAGGCAUGGGUGGUACUGCGCAGUGCAUACCGGGAGCUUUCAGCUUCAGAAGCGACUCAGACUUGGAUGUCCAAAUACCUACUGCUCUCAACCGAGCAGACGUCCGCAUCAGGUCUUUCUGUGCAAGAGUGGAUGGAUGGACGGUGCCGAGACGGUCACCUUCGGCCGAAGGAAGGGGCAGUAGGAAGGUGGAUCGUCUGUAAGGUCAGAUAA